AUGUUUGGUAGAAGCUGUGUCGGGAAUGUCUCCCAACAGAUCACCGCCAUCCGUACGGCCACAAAGCGGGUGUCUGGGUCCAAGACAAAUAAGAAUGACUCUGCUGGUCGAAGAUUAGGUCCCAAGGCCUACGAAGGUCAUUUUGUCAAACCAGGUGAAAUCAUUAUGAGACAGCGGGGUACCAAGAUACACCCUGGUGAAAACACUGGCAUUGGUACCGACCACACCAUCUAUGCCAAAGAACCGGGUUACGUUCGUUUUUACUAUGAUCCAUUCCACCCUCUCAGAAAAUACGUUGGGGUCGCUCUUAAAAAGGAGUUAUCGCUUCCAACUCCUCACUUUCAACCGCGGGUUCGGAGAUUUGGUUAUGAGCAGCUCCAAGACCCUGCCGAAGCUGCUCAAGAAGAAGCCCAUAUGUCUAAAAAAGAAUUCGACGCCCAACCUUUCUUGCAACAGCUUAAGAAACAAAAAGAACAACACCGGGAGGCGAUCAUCGCGAACAUCAAAAGUGAUUUAGGCUCGGGGCAAUAUGGCUUCCAGUUUAACGACGCACAAUUAGAACUUGUGGAAAGCCGCUUGGUCGAAAUCAUCUUGUUGAUGGAGGUGGGCACUCCUUUGGAAGAUGCCAAAAUUCAGGCCACCUUCAACCACCUUUACAAACUCAAGUUGCAAAAAGCUACUCUUGGCGAGCUGUAUGAUGAACAGGUUGCUGCUUACCGGGAGUUGGCUACUGAGGUCGACCUGAAGGUUGACGUGGACGCUCAAGGGAGAUUAUGCCCUCAUUUGUCACCUGAAGCCAAACAGACCAAGCAAGAUGAAAUUAGAACUGAGCUCUCCAAGUAUGCUCGCAAAUUGUUGACCAAAGAAGACCGCGAAACCAUCGAGAAGCUCAUCACUUCUGCUGGGGUGUUUGACCGCACUCAACAACAACGGUUGACCACGACGUAUUUGCCCGACGUGCUUCCGUACGACGUGGAAGGAUCUGUGGUCCCCAUCGAAGACCCCGAAAACCCUCCCAAGGACUUAGUCGUCCAACAGGUCUACGACGAAAAGAAUCGUGUAGUCAAGACCAUCGGUCGUCCCAAGGACGUCUUUGCCUAA